GGCGCGGCGGGCGCGCGAAGCUCUGUGGGGCGGGCGGCACUUCCGGCGGGACCGGGACCGGGAGCGGGACAUGCGGGUGCGCGUGCGGAGCUGGCACGGAGUCGCGUCCUGGCUGUGGGUGGCGAACGACGAGAACUGCGGCAUCUGCCGGAUGGCCUUCAACGGCUGCUGCCCUGACUGUAAGGUUCCCGGAGACGACUGCCCGUUGGUGUGGGGGCAGUGUUCGCACUGCUUCCACAUGCACUGCAUCCUCAAGUGGCUGAACUCGCAGCAGGUGCAGCAGCACUGCCCCAUGUGCCGCCAGGAGUGGAAGUUCCGCGAGUGAGGGCGGCACCGGGCACGGGCCGUGACCCGCCCCCGGCCGGCCCGGGCUCGCCCAGUAAAUGUGCGACGGCAAUCGCGUGUCUGUGUCCGGUGUCCCGCGCUCGGGGUCGGUGCUCGGAGCGGGGCCGGGAAGUGGGUCCGCAGGGCGCCCCGCGGGCUCCGCCGCCCCGGAAGGCCGCUGCCCGGGUGCCGCUGCCGCGCCGGCACCGUAGGCGCUGCUCGCGCUGUGCCGCCCCGCCGAGCCCCGUUCCUGCGGACGGCCCGGCCCCGCCGCUGCCCGCUGGGCAGGACCUCGGGGCCGCUCUCCGACCUGCGGCGCUCGCCAGCUCCGACACCGGCGGCUCUGCCGAACCCGACCUCGCUGCGCUGCUGCCCAGCUCGGCCCACUGCCCCGGGGCUCCGCACCGCGGUGAGGACGGGGCUCGGGCUGGGAUGGGGCACGGUUCGUGCUCCCUCCACGGGUUCCUGAGCCCCCUCAGCCCCGCGGUGCUGAGCAGCGGAGCAGGGGGUGGGCUGGGGCUGCCCCUCUCUGCAGCCAGCGCUGCCGGCACAGCCCCCACCCACCCGGUGUGCCGCUGCUCCCGCAGGUACUGUGUGACACGUGUGGCCGUGGAGCUGCCAGGAGCUCUCCUGUGCAAGGCAGGUCUGACUCUGUCCCUGGACCCCGUGGAGUGUGUGGCUGUCUGAGCGGGACUGGUGGCUCUGGGGUGACAAUAAACGUGCUUGGGAUGGC